AUGAAUGGUUUGGGUGUGGGCGGAUCCCAGAGCCCAGAUUUGGUCAACACGGCCAACGCCUUACUAUACGCAUUGAUGACAGUGACCUGUUUCGCAGGUCCAUUUAUCACAAACGCGAUCGGUUUUCGCUGGACCCUGACCCUGGGUUCACUUGGAUACCCACUUUACGCAGCGGGUUUGUAUCUGAACAAUCGCACUGGCGCAACAUGGCUUGUCUAUCUCGGUUGUGUCACUUGCGGCAUCAGCGCUGGAUUCUUUUGGAGUGUUGAGGGCGCUGUAGCGACGGGGUAUCCGGAGCAACACAAGCGUGGUCGCUACAUUGCCACCUGGUUCACGUUCCGCAAUUUUGGAAACAUUAUCGGUGGUGCCGUAUCUUUGGCGAUCAACCACAGCGUCAAUCACCGCGGCCAGGUCGGAUACCAGACAUAUCUCGCGUUUAUCGCCAUCCAAUGUCUCGGACUAGUCAUUGGGCCCCUCUUAUCAAACCCCGAAAAAGUGCAAAGAGACGAUGGAACGCGUAUUGAGGCCCCCCGUGGCAUCCACUGGCGGAAAGAGCUCGAGGUGAUGUGGCGGCUGGCAAGGAGUAGAUCAAUCUUGCUCCUUGUCCCGCUAUUCUGGUAUUUUGGGUGGAUCCAGGCAUAUCCUGGUACUUAUCUUGCGACCUACUUCACCGUUCGCGCUCGCGCACUCGGAAGCUUCAUGUCGGCAGUGGUGGGAACUCUGGCGACUUGGUUGGGUGGGUCGUUAGUGGAUCUUCCUUGGUUGAAAAAUCGAAAGCAUAGAGCAAUUGUCACAUUCAUCUUGAUUGCGCUCAUGAACAGUGCGACGUGGAUCUGGGCGGUCAUUAUACAGAACGAAUAUCGACACACCAACCCUGUGUUGGACUGGGGGGAUCAGCGGACUUUCGGUCGUGGCUUCGGCCUGUAUCUCUUUGAGCGUAUCAGUCUGGGCUUGGUCGAAAAUUAUAUUUACUGGUGUAUCGGAAACUUGUCGGAUUCACCGGGUGACCAAAUUCGAUACAGCUCAUUGCUUCGGGGGAUCGAAACCGCUGCGGUUGCAGUUGGAUUUGGCGUUCAGGCCGUGCCGACAGUGUUGAUUGCAACGGCGAGUAUUAAUCUCGGCUUGUGGUUCAUCGUCUUGCCUUUCAGUUAUUAUGCCACUCUUCAAGUCGUUCGAAAGUUCGAGUUGUUGGAGAAAAGAAAGCAGAGUCCUGGUGGAAGUGACAUAGUGGCCGAACAGGUGGCUGAACGAUGA